AUUCAAACCCCGUGAAAACACACGAAUGAGAUCCUGGCAUGCUCUGAAGACCCAAGCUUGGACCACGGUUGGGUUGUCGGCCCCAGAUGCGUACCCAAGACAAGACGUAUAUGGAUGAGUAUGUGAGAGUCGGUGCGAUCAGUAUAAGGCCGAACCGUGUGGAAUGAUGCUUUAACGACCGCCAUAAGCCGCAUGCUUCCCUAACGUCAAUGUCACACUAUUUUUCCUUUGUUGCUGCUUUUUUUCUCGAUCUUGUACAAUGAUUUCCGCAGGUUCGGAUGAAGGUCGUCGCAAUAGUGUGCCAACAAAAAGCGGCUUCGUCCUUGUCUCCACUUACUCAUGGACGAUCAUAACGGUGGGCGUGCUGGUCGGACGAUUUGCGCAGGGUCACAGGCACAAAAUCGAAUUCGGUCUCGACGAUGUAGCAAUUGUUGCAGCCACAGUUGUAUAUCUAGCCGCGACUGUUAGCUGGCAGUUUACUAUCGAUGGUGGCCUAGGGAAGGACUUGGAUGACCUGAGUGAGAAGGACCUGACUGUGUUCUUCAAGGCGAUCUAUGUUGCUGGUAUACUCAGUAUCGUUGCAAUGGCGCUCGCGAAACUGUCCUCGGCUUUGCUCAUCGAGCGCAUAUUCCCACAAUCCAGAAGAGCGAAAGUGGCCCUGUUCGGAAGCAUUGCGCUUUUUGCUAUGUUCUCGACCUUUUCGGUGGCUUUCCAAUGCGGGAUUCCGCAGUGGACUAUGCAUGCACUGCAAUGUGGAAAUGGAGGCCUUUCAAUCGCGGCCACCGCGAUCAAUAUUACCACAGAUCUCCUCUUGGCUUUUUGGAUCGUUCCGACCUUCUGGGAGAUGUCUCUGAACAAAGAGAAAAGCAUUGCAGUGGCGAUGCUCUUCGGUGUUCGAGCAAUUGUAGCAUUCGUUGCUGGAGGUCAGAUAUGGGCAACGUUGAGGCUGGUAUCCAGUCUAAACCCCACACAUGAUGCAGUCGAGUUUGUGAUCUUUACCCAAUCUGUGUCCAGCCUUUCCUUGAUCUCAGCGAGCGUUCCGCGCAUCAAGCGCCUCCUCGGUGUCGGCGGCAGCGGCAUCGUCUAUCCUGAAAUCCAAGAGACGGAACUCUCCGACGUUCACGCGUCUUUGAGUCGACAGGAGACAGGCAGUAUAGGACCGAAGCUGGUGCCCCCCAACACCGGAUAUAGCACGGUUACCGUCUCAGCGGAGGGAGCAAAGGACGAAAAGAAGAAACCGUGUAGAUGUAGGCUCACCGACUGGCAGACGCGCACGAUGGGAGUGUCCACCGAGGACGACGCAAGCACGUCGAGCCUGGUUGAUACAGAUAGACAAGAUGGUGUAAUGAUGCAAUGCGAUGUGAUCGUGUCUGUGGAGGAUAAGGAUUCUCAGAAGACAGUUUUCGGACGCGAACAUCGAUGACGUAUUACUUCAGUCGGAAGUUGGAUUCCCAACCGAGGCAGAUGGCUGAGAGCAUGAAACGCACUACAUCAAGACGAACGAUCGAAUUGUUCAUCGAAGAAGAAGUAAUUACGCGACUGGGUACACGAUGGCGCCGUGUGAAAGGAGUCGCGAUCGGGACGCGUAUCGGAUGGCAGCCUCCUUCGCCCUAGCGGUGUCUCGCUCCACACCCCGACAACGCAAUACCGAGACAUGUAGACCGAGAU